AUGGAUUGAAAACUCGAAUCUAAAGGCAAAGUUUGCAUUACGGAGGCUUCUGGAUUUCUGGCAUCCUUGCUUAUAAAGCGGCUUCUCUUGUCCGACUAUCAUGUAACGGGGACUGUAAGAGAUCCAGGAAACGAGAAGAAAUUGGUGCAUUUGUGGAGGGUAGAAGGAGCUAAGGAAAGACUAAGAUUGGUGAAGGCAGAUUUGAUGGAAGAAGGCAACUUUGAUGAUGCAAUUUUUGGGUGCCAUGGCGUUUUCCACUCUGCUUUCCCUGUUUUAAAACCUUCGUCUGAUCCCAAGGCACAAAUCCUGGAACCGCCUGCUGAGGGCACAUUGAACAUGUUGCGUUCGUGGAAGAAAAAUUCGUCUCUAAGGCGUGUGGUUCUCACCUCAUCUUCUGCAGCUGUAAGGGUGAGACCAGAUGGGGAUUUCACCUUCAAUGUACCACUGGAUGAGUCAUCUUGGAGCUUGGUCGAACUCUGGGUGACUCUUCAGAUUUGGUACCCUAUGUCGAAAAUUUCAGUUAAUAAAGCAGGAUGGGAUUUCUGCAAAGAAAAUGGGAUUGAUAUGGUUACUGUCCUGCGCUUCUUCGUGAACGGGCCUUGUUUGCCACCUGAGUUGUGUUCUACUGCAUCAGAUGUUCUUGGCCUGCUUAGAGGGGAAACAGAGAAAUUUAAGUGGCAUGGAAGGAUGGGAUACGUUCACAUUGAUGAUGUUACACUCUGUCACAUCUUAGUUUAUGAGCAUGAAAGUGCUCAUGGCAGAUAUGUUUAUAGCUCAACAGUUAUGGACAACACUGAGUUGGGUUCCUUAUUAUCUACAAGAUAUCCUUCCUUGCCUAUCCCCACAAGGUUUGAGCAACUAGGGAGGCCACAUUAUUAUGAGUUGAACACCUCAAAGAUGGAGAGUCUAGGGUUCAAGUUCAAGAGUAUCCAAGAGAUGUUUGAUGAUUGCAUUGCCUCUUUGGUGGAGCAAGGCCAUCUUCCUGCAUUGUAGUUAAUUUAUGCUCUGUGAUUCUUUUGCCAUAUUGGCAAAGGCUGA